CACUUUUCUGAGGUUUUGUCCGUUGGCGAAACUCACUGGUGAUGUAGUGAAGUGCAGAAUAUGGGGAAACGUGACGUCAACAAUAAGUUCACGACCACAUGAAGGACACAACAGUCCCCACAUCACCAGAUAAAUUACACAAGAGUGGAGCUGCAACAAUCUCACAAUCAACCACAUGAUUUGAACAAACAACUAAAGGCAGGAGCUCAACGAUGGAACCCGGCACAGUCAAUCAUCUGCCGGGUCGCAAAUAUUUUGCAGAGACAGCUCUGCCUGAGCUGUACAUAAAAGUGAGAGAAGAGCUGGCCGGUCAUCUCACAAAUGUGACCCAUUUCUCAACAACUGCCGAUAUGUGGAGCAGCAGAACGUGUGAGCCAUACCUCAGUUUGACGAUCCACUACAUUGACAAUCUGGAGUUAAAAAGCAAGUGCCUUCAGACGAGCUUUCUGCCUGAGGAUCACACUGGCGAGAUCAUCGCACAAGGUCUGCAAGAUGCUCUCAUAUCAUGGAGCUUAAAUGAAGCUCAUCAGGUGUGCAUCACCACCGAUAAGGGUGCUAACAUUAUCAAAGCUGUGAGCCUGAACCGGUGGACACGUCUACAGUGUUUUGGCCAUCGCCUGCAUCUCGCAAUUGAGAGAAGCAUGAAGGACCCCCGUAUUGACCGUGCUGUUGCUGUGUGUAAGAAGGUGGUGAGCAGCUUCUCUUUCAGUUGGAAGAGGAGGAGAGACCUGGCCACAGCGCAGCAAAAGCUGAAUCUCCCUGCACACCAGCUGAUCAGUGAGUCUCCUACCAGGUGGGGAUCCCGAGAGAAGAUGAUAGAGCGGGUGCUGGAGCAGGAGAAGGCCAUUUCUCAAGUCUUAGCUGCAGACAAAAAAACCCGGCAUCUCGUUCUCACGUGGCAAGACCUGGAAGUCCUAGAGUCAGUGCACAAGGCUCUCAAACCCCUCCUGGAAUUCACUGACGCUCUAUCCGGUGAGAGCUAUGUCACAGUGUCUUAUGUUAAGCCUGUGCUCCAUCUCUUCCAUUCCAGCCUCUUGGCAAGUCAGGAGGAUGACACUCCACUGACUCAGUCUAUCAAAGCCUCCAUCCUUGAUUACAUGAGGGAGAAGUAUUCUGAUCCUUCCACUAACAACCUGCUGGACAUGGCAGGCUUAGUGGAUCCUAGGUUCAAGAUAACAUACUGCACAGGAGAAAAGGUGGAGGACAUCAAGAGCAGAGCCAUAACUGAGAUGGAGGCAAUGCUGUCCAAGUCUGAUCAGGGACUGUCUCAAGAUGCAACAGUAUCACACCCAGCUCAGCCACCAAGGAACAAAUCCCUUGGUAGCUUCUUUAAAACUGCAGCAACACCCUCUGCCACAAUAUCACAGAGAGAGCGGAUUGAGAAAGAGUUGUCUGCCUACUUGCAGUCUGAGAUUGUUGACAGUGAAGCAAAUCCAUUGCAGUGGUGGAACAACCAUGAGGAAAUGUUCCCAAACCUGAAGAAUGUGGCAAAAAAGUAUCUGUGUGUGCCCGCCACCAGUUCCCCAUCGGAAAGGGUAUUUAGUACCAGUGGGAAUAUAGUUACAUGCCAUCGAGCAUCUCUCAAACCAGACGCUGUUGAUAGGCUUGUGUUUUUGGCACAAAACCUCUAAACAACCUGGUACUCAUUGGUUUUUGUCACAAAGGCAGAACACACCAGGCACAAAAUACAACUAAAUAUUUUUUUUUACUUUUUAUUUGUGCCUUAUAUUUCAUACAGAAGAAACCAAAACUAAAGCUGUGAACCUUUCAAAAAUGAACCUCAUUCACCUUUUGUGAAUUCUUUGUUUAGGCAUUGUGGCUGCUACCAUAGGAUUGUGAUUCUUAAAUACAUUUUCUUUUUCACCAUUUUAUUUCCUAUUAUGCAGCUAUUUUUUAUUUUACCGAUUUUGAAAUUACCUGUGUGAUAUCCUGCACAAAAGUGCAUUAUAUAUUUAUUUUAAAAUAUCCUAGUGGCAUUAUGCACAAGUGAACUUUAAUUUAGUGUUGUUUUGAAAUGUCAUCUUAGGGACAUCAUGCACAAAAGUGCAUUAUUUAUUUCUUUUAAAAUAUCCUAGUGGCAUUAUACAAGUUAACUUUAAUUUAGUGUUGUUUUGAAAUGUCAUCUUAGGGACAUCAUGCACAAAAAGGCACUUUAUUUGUUUUAAAAUAUUGUAGUGGCAUUAAGUACAAAAGUGUACUUUAAUUUUGUUUUGAAAUGCCAUGUUAGUUACAGCAUGCACAAAAGUGCACUAAUGUCUUGUUUUGAAAUGUUGUCUGUGUGACAAUCUGUUUUUUUGUUUUGAAAUGACAAUUUUUAUGUUGUGCCACCCCUUACUU